AUGAAAGACGUACUUAUAAAAGGAUUCAACGAGACUAUCGUUAGUUGGUAUCGAUGGAUGCAGAGGGAUUCCUGUCGGCCUUAUAGGAAAAAAGAGCUGUUCAAACUAGGCGGUGAUCAGGUUGAUGAGUCAACAAUUGAUGUUUGCACAUGCUAUGCGGAUUACUGUAAUGGAAGUUCAUCAGCGAGAUUAUCGACGUUAUUGAUUCCAGUUAUAAUCACAUUAACAUACAUUCUUUUAAUAUUUCUAUAUUAA